AAUAUUUUUGGCUCAAUGUGCAUGUACAAUGCCACAAGGCCUAUUGCUCCAAAGACCAAAAACGUAACGCUUGGCAAAGAGAAAGUAGUGAAAGAGCAUCGUUUCUUCCGAAAAAACUUGAUCAAUAAAGCCUCAUCUCAUCCAACAGCCAAGUUAAUGGCUCUAAUAGUUACUUCUUCUCCUUUUCCUACUAUGGAAAUUGAUUAUAAAAAAGGUGUAAAGUACUUAGUUGAAAAUUCAAAGAAGAUGAAAAUGGUGCCUUCCCAGUUUGUUUUGCCAAUUCCAGAAGAUGAAAGGCCAUCAUUGGCCAUUGAAGGUUCCACUCCAGUUAUAGAUUUGAGUGGACUCAAUGGAACUGAUGAACAAAGACUAUCAACUAUACAUGCCAUCUCUUCUGCUUGUGCUCAUUGGGGAUUCUUUAUGGUGAGUAAUCAUGGUAUAAGGACCUCUAUCAUGGAUGAAAUGCUUAAAGUGGUAGAAGAGUUUUUCAAUCUCCCGUUAGAAGAGAAAAUGAGAUAUUGUUCAGAAAAUGUGAUGGAUCCAGUUAUAUACGGAACAAGCUUCAACACUACAGGAAAGCAUGCCCUUCAUUGGAGGGACUUUUUCAGGCACUAUGGUGGUCUAGUUCCACAAAGCUAUCACUUUUGGCCAGAUAAUCCUCCCACAUACAAGCAAGUUGCAAAGGAGUACUUAAAGGAAGUUUGGCAACUAAAGAUAAAAAUAUUUAGAGCAAUAUCAGAAGGAUUAGGGCUUGAUCCAGAUUUCAUAGAGAGAUCACUUGGAGAUGAAGGGACUCAAAUGAUAGCUUCAAAUUAUUAUCCAACAUGUCCUGAGCCAAACAAGACAUUGGGACUUGCUCCACAUUCAGAUCAGAGUGGUCUCACUAUUUUAAUGGACAAUGGCGUUCCUGGCUUGCAAAUUAAACACAAUCAAACGUGGUACUCUGUCCCCCAUGUCCCUGGCACUUUUGUUGUCAAUCUAGGAGAUUAUUUGGAGAUAUUGAGUAAUGGCAAGUACAAGAGCGUAGAGCAUCGAGCAGUAGUCAAUGCGGAGGCGGCUCGGGUUUCUAUAGCAGUGGGUCAUGGCCCAGAAAUGGACACAAUAGUUCAGCCUGCAAGCCCACUUAUCAAAGAGAAGAGUGAAAGCAAGUAUCGAUCCAUUGUUUACAAAGACUAUGUUAGAGCCCAACAAAGCACUACUAAGAGAGGGAAGGUUACCUUGGAUGAGAUUAUGAACAACAAUAUAUAGACCAUAAAUUUUGAGGACAAGUCAAUCGUUGUAGAGAGAUAAUGUCGAUAAAGACUUUAGCACUGUUGUUAAUGUGCAUAUUAUAUUUGUGUCCUCUUUCCAUUGAUGAGAUUUUAUCAAAUUGAACUAAAAAAUUUAGUAUUUU